AUCUUUUCUUGACACGACUAAUUGGUUAUAAAUAAAUUAAAUACAACGCAUGCCAACUCUAUAAAUACUUCUCUUUCCACACCAAAACCUCAAACUCUCUAACAAACCACUAAGGAAAAGAUGGAAGCGAAAUCAUUUCUUCUCCAUUUUAUCCUCUUUAUUGUCAUUUUCUCUCAUUUUUCUCACUCAACUUCCUCAAGGAUCCUAAACAAACCCUCAAACUGCUCAUCGUCUGCAAGUUUAGUGAGCCGUAAUGCGGAGAGGCUGAUCAAGUCCUUCAAUCUAAUGCCUGACCAUGACGUCAAUGUCAUCGCAAAGGGAAGCCCUGAUGUUCCCCGACUCAUUGAAAGCCAAAUCAAUUUUCCGGAAACCAUCGGUAUAAGAAACACUAUAGGUGGUCCUUCUGUCCAACAAUUCGGCCACUAUGGCGGUUACUACAGCCUCACUCAUACUAAAUCAGCUAAGAUGUUCUAUUUCUUCUUUGAGUCACGGACCAACAACACCGAUCCGGUUGUGAUUUGGUUAUCUGGUGGACCGGGUUGUAGUAGCAGUGUGGCUCUGUUCUAUGAGAACGGUCCGUUCACAAUAUCGGAUGAUCUCUCUCUUUCUUGGAACGAUUUUGGUUGGGACAAGGUAUCCAAUCUAAUAUACGUGGACCAACCGGUCGGGACUGGUUUCAGUUACACAUCGGACCAAAGCGAUCUUCGCCACGACGAGACUGGUGUGAGCAAUGAUCUCUACGAUUUCUUACAGGCCUUUUUCAAAGAACACCCGAAGUAUGCAAAAAAUGAUUUCUAUAUCACGGGUGAAUCAUAUGCUGGUCACUACGUCCCUGCUUUGGCUUCACGAGUUCACAACGGAAACAAGAAUAAGGAAGGGAUUCCAAUCAACCUUAAGGGUUUUGCGAUUGGUAACGGUUUAACCAACCCGGAGAUUCAAUAUGGUGCAUAUGGGGAUUAUGCCCUGGAAAUGAAGUUGAUCUCUGAGUCUGAUCAUGAGAGUCUCAAGCAAGACUAUGUUUUUUGUCAAAGUUCCAUCAAAAAAUGCAACCUUAAUGGUGGUGAAGAAUGUAGUUAUGCUUUCGUAGAUUGCAACGACAUAUUCACCCAGAUAAUGUCCAAAAUAGAAGGCACAAAUUUUUAUGACUUAAGGAAAAAGUGUGUUGGAAGCUUGUGCUAUGACUUUUCGAAAAUGGAAGCAUUUUUGAACCAAAAGAAAGUACGCAAAGCUCUAGGAGUUGGAAACAUCGACUUUGUGUCGUGUAGUACCACAGUUUAUAAAGCAAUGCUAAAUGAUUGGAUGGUAAAUCUUGCUGACAAGAUUCCACGGCUUCUUGAAGAUGGAAUCAGUCUCCUUGUCUAUGCAGGAGAAUUCGAUAUCAUAUGUAACUGGCUUGGCAACUCCAGGUGGGUUGAUCAGCUAAACUGGUCAAACCAGAAGGAGUAUGGAUCAGCCAAGAGAGUCCCGUUCUUGGUAGAUGGGAAGGAAGCUGGGCUAAUGAAGAAUCACGGUCCUCUCACUUUUCUUAAGGUUCAUGAUGCUGGACACAUGGUUCCUAUGGAUCAGCCAAAGGCUUCUUUGCAAAUGCUUCAGACUUGGAUGCAAGGAAAGCUUGCUACUCCUACUCCGACUGGUGCAACAGUUCGUCAGUUAUUCUAGCCGAAUAUUUCUUAACCGAAUACGAACUGGUUGUUGUAGUUCCUUAACUAACUAAUCAAAAUAAAUUUCAGUUCGAUAA